AUGGCACAGCAACUGCUUCUGACUCAUCCACCGGAGCGACUCCUGUCUCAGGACCAAAGCCUCGCCUUGGCUCAGAUAUUCCUCAAUGCAGCACUGGCAUGUAUCGCUCAUACAAGAGAGCUCAUUCCGUGGACAGCACCGUGUUUCUGCACUCGAUAUAUUGACCAAAUCGUAGUCGACGAUGAGCAGAAUGCAAAAGCCUUGUAUUCGUCUUUCCAAGCUGUUGCCCAAAAAGCGGCCAGCGAGGGUCAAGAAGUCAAAAUUCUCGUCCCUGGCGGUCACCGACGCGCUGACCAGAUACUAGAAAUGCUUGAAAAAGGAGUCUUCGACGCUCUAGAACGUGGCUACCUGGAGGAUCUCCAGGUUUUUGUGACCAAGUCGUCACAAGGCCAACUUUCCGUCCUGGAGAACUAUCAUUUCGUCUUUGCUUAUGAGCAGGGGCGCGUCAGUAGCGUUCAAGUGAACCCCAUGAAUCACACGUUCACCCUGGAGAACGUCCACAAGAGCUUCAAAGCGAGCAUCCGAGCAUUGCUCCGAUCACUGCGCGACCUGCCUCGUCUUCCAGCCCACCGCAGACUGGGAAUGAGCCUUGCUUACAACAAGUCGUGUCCCACCCUAUAUCAGCCACCAGGAUUUGUGGACAAGACCGACUUCCAAGAGGGGGAUGCUGAAGCAGUGUGCGACUCGUUGGGGGGAGGCACAGAGGAUGUUGUUGGCGUGUUGGAGUCAGGUCACUACCAGAUCCGUGUCACUGUCCGUUUGGCAGACUCGGAAACUCAGGACUCGUCUGUUGAUCUCCAAGAUACCGAGAUGAGCAAGCACCUUCAGGCGAUGCAAAAGACAUCAUCUAGUCACAGCAACAAUCUGCUCUCGACACUGAAAGAAUCGACUCCUGCGAUUAAACGCCGCGCCGGUGCCCCAAUUUCCGAGAGCAAGCGCGCGAAACGCACGGGCCCACAAGACUCUCAGCGGGAUAUCAUGGCAGGGGCGACCCGAGCCAGUGCGCUUAGCAGACCUCGAAGCCUGAGAAACAUGAGCUUUUCUCAGCUGGAAACGGCCGGCGCGAGCGAUUCGCUACUUGACUUCGCAGCUGUGACACAGAGCUCGCCAAAGGUGGUAAAAGCUCGUCUUGCCGUGACGAAGCUAGCGGAGCUUCUGGUACACUGCUAUGCAGUUCAGAGAGAGAAGACAGCUGGAGGUGGAGCUAUCUUCGACCGAGACUCACUCGCCGAAGGAAAGAUCAAACGAAUCAGUCGAUCGACCAACAUCAGCUGUGAAUGCGGAAGUCCGAAACAAUCCAGGGGAAUGCUAUAUUGUGAAGUAUGCGACGGAUGGCAGCAUAGAGAAUGCUACGGAUAUGACGAAACAGCUCCCGUAGCUAUCGCUGCUGAUGAGCGUUUCUGCUAUACCUGUCUGUUGUCCGCUGGGAAGCCAACAAACGGAGAAUCUCCGUUGUCCACCAUCCUCUUGCGGCGGGCCGUCAACUACUUGACAACUCAAGUCAAAUCCGGAUCGCGAAUCGGUGACGGCUUCCUGCGAACCAGGCUGAACCCUGUGCGAUGGACCAAAGAUGUCUUCGAUCGCGUGACAGAUCGCUUGGUAGAAGAACACCUACUUUUGCGUCGGGGACCACGACUUUUCGAGGUUCGAUCGUUGAAACAGUCAGAGCUGGACCAGAUCCAAGAGAAGUGCACCGGUGCCUUGGCGUCGAUAGAUCAUCUCUAUGAUGUCUCUCAUGGCGGUGAAGAUCCUAUGAAACGCACCACUGAGCUUAUGCAAGCGCUUGAAGCAUAUGCUCAUGGACGGGAUUUCGCAAGAGCCGAAGGGUGUGAAGAAUUGGUAUCAUACGACGAGUUCGGUGACCCUGUUCUGCGCUGGAUAUACCGCCCUGCCUCAAGCGAUUUACCUACGGAGGCAAUUGACAAUGCAGCAACAGCAACACCAAUACGCCGACGUAAGAUCAGCAUCUCCCGCAUGUUGAUCAACGUUGACUACUCACCAUCGGCAGCCAGCGUCAUGAGCAUGGGCGAACCAUCAAGCAUAGUGCGCGACGAUAUGCCGUACAACACUGAUCCAAGCACUGUCGAAUCCACCACGACUGUAGACUGA